AAAUUAAUCAUAUGACGUUAAUAAAUAAUAAUUUUUACAUUAUUUGUUUAUUUUUUUGGUUGUGCGUAUAACAAAAAGUACCAUUAUCUGUAAUAAUAUUAUGUAUGAUCGUCAUUUUUUACUGUAGGACACGUCGUCAUUUAAUCCUAUCAGCAGAUGGUAGAAGUUUCAGUUUAAUUUUUUCCCAUCAUGUCUAGAGUACUUGCAACUACAAAAAAAGGGACUUUUGGCAAAAAAUUCAAGGGAAUUACUGAAAAGAAGGAUCCAAAUAAAGAAAGCUCAGAAAAGGAUGUACCUGUUAAUCGAAAAGGAGUUCUUAUGUCUUUGGUUUCUGGUGAAUCCAUGGAAAUUCCUGAAGCUGAUGUUAUGGGGCGCUGUAGAUCAGUUUCAGAAUUUGAAAAGCUGAAUAGAAUCGGUGAAGGAACUUACGGAAUAGUUUAUCGGGCACGUGACACUAAAAAUGAUAACAUAGUUGCAUUAAAAAAAGUUCGUAUGGAACAAGAGCGAGAUGGCUUACCACUGAGUGGUCUUCGAGAAAUAUCCGUUCUUCUUACUUGCCAACAUGAAAAUAUUGUUGAAUUAAAGGAGGUAGUUGUUGGAAGAAGUUUAGAAAGCAUAUUCCUUGUGAUGGAGUAUUGUGAACAGGAUUUAGCCAGUCUUUUAGACAACAUGCAGACACCAUUUACGGAAGCCCAAGUCAAAUGUAUCAUGAUACAAGUAUUAAAAGGCCUCAAGUAUCUUCAUAGUAAUUUUAUUGUCCAUAGGGAUCUUAAAGUUUCCAAUCUGUUAAUGACUGAUAAAGGUUGUGUUAAAAUUGCUGACUUCGGUCUAGCUCGGUGGUUUGGCUUGCCUGUACAACCUAUGACUCCAAGAGUAGUUACUCUGUGGUAUAGAUCUCCUGAGCUUUUACUUCAGGCAAAAACUCAGACUACUUCGGUAGAUAUGUGGGCUGCAGGAUGUAUUUUAGGAGAAUUAUUAGGUCACAGGCCGUUACUUCCUGGUCGCUCAGAAUUAUCACAACUAGAGCUGAUUGUUGAACUAUUAGGAACACCUUCUGAUUCUAUUUGGCCAGAGUAUUCAAGCCUGCCGGCUCUUGCCAACUUCUCACUGAAACAUCAGCCUUAUAACAAUCUUAAACAAAGGUUCCCAUGGCUGUCUGCAGCUGGACUUCGCCUUCUUAACUUCUUGUUUAUGUAUGAUCCAAAAAAGAGAGCAACUGCUGAGGAAUGCCUUCAGAGCUCUUAUUUCAAGGAACCACCUCUCCCUUGUGAACCAAAAAUGAUGCCUACAUUCCCCCAACACCGGAACAUGCGACCAGGUGUCUCUGUUCCUCCGAGCAAAGGCAAUAAUAAUAAUAAUGGUACCAACCCACCUCCUCCUCCUGGAAUGGACACUGGUACCAAUGACCAGACAAUGAACUUGCCAGCGAUAUCUGAUCUGUUGGGAUCAUUGGUGAAGAAAAGGACAUAUGAAUAGAAAGUCAACUGACAAAUUUAUUAAUUUUUAUUUUAUCUUGUAAUUAUUAUCUUGAUAAUAAAUUUUAUAAUUGCAUGUAAAUAUAUAUAUGUUUGUAUUAAAAGAUCAUUUUAUUAUUA